GAAGCGGCGCUCUGUCGCCACCUGGCGGUCAGCGGCGGUCACUGUCUGUGUUUCCUAAACGGAAGAUGGCGACAGGAGUCCUUCAGAGAGUCCGCGGAGGCUUCACUCCGGCUAAAAGCAGGGCUCUUUCAGCCGGAAACCUCUCGCUCUGGGUCAGAGGAUUUUCAGCAUCCAACAGCAGAAACAGAGAGGACAGCUGGUUUAGGUCUCUGUUUGUCCGGAAGGUCGAUCCCAGAAAAGAUGCACACUCCACCUUGCUGACCAAAAACGAGGAAAGUAACCUCUACAAAAUUCAGUUCCAUAAUGUGAAGCCGGAGUGCCUGGAUGACUACAAUAAGUUGUGCGAGGACGUUCUGCCCUCCAUCCAUGCUGAUAAGUACUACCCCUGUGAGCUGGUGGGAACCUGGAAUACCUGGUAUGGAGAACAAGACCAAGCUGUUCAUCUGUGGCGCUACAGAGGCGGCUACCCUGCUCUGACCGAGGUCAUGAACAAGCUCAGGCAGAAUAAGGAGUUCACGGCGUACAGAAAGGAGCGCGGGAAGAUGCUGCUGUCACGCAGGAAUCAGCUCCUGCUGGAGUUCAGCUUCUGGAAUGAGCCCAUGCCCCGGGAAGGCCCCAACAUUUACGAGCUCAGGUCCUAUCAGCUCAGGCCAGGAACCAUGAUCGAGUGGGGUAAUUACUGGGCCAGAGCAAUCCGAUACCGCCAGCGCAACAGAGAGGCCGUGGGAGGGUUUUUCUCCCAGAUUGGUGACCUUUACAUGGUCCAUCACCUUUGGGCUUACAAAGACCUUCUGUCCCGAGAAGCCACCAGGAACGCCGUGUGGCAGCAGGAGGGCUGGCAUGAAGUGGUGUAUUACACUGUCCCUCUCAUUCAGCACAUGGAUUCUAGGAUCAUGAUCCCAACUAAAGCUUCCCCGCUGCAGUAAGGAGGGACGAUCUGUUAUCAAGUUGGCCCCCCUUCGAAUGUUACAUUUCUUCUGUGGAUCGCCAUCAUGGGUCCAACUUUCUGGCAGUGCUACCAAAAAAAAAAAAAACAGCCCUUUUUUUGUUUCUAUAUUGGCUUUAUAACGUCAAGAAUCCACUCCUAAAAAUAUCUGCAUUUCAAUUCAAACAGAUGUGGACGGUAGCGUGCUCUCGGUCACAGACGGCCGAAAUUAACCAAAUUGAAACCUUCUGAUUGUCACAUGCAACGUCUCGUGCCACGUUAAAAGGCGGGCCAGACGAAGAGCUCGUCUCCAGUUUAGGAAGCAACAAAAGCCACUUGAAAAAGUGCAAGUGUGUAAAAAGAACGGCCAGGAUAGUAAUGUUGAAAUUUAUUGCUCAGUGCAGUAGCCAUUUAUUUAUUUAAUGUAGAGUACAUGGUGUUUCAAUGUGUUGACAAAGUGACUCUUUGAUGUAAGCUGAUCGACAUGAGACCUCUUAAUUUAAGAACAUAUAUUUCAGUGACCUAUCAAGGUGGUAAAGUCAGACAUGCUGUACAAUGCAGAUAUCAGAAUUUUAUAUUUGCUGUUUGUUAUGAACACUCCAGGUUCUGUUCUGUGUUUUAUUCUUAUGUUUCCUGUUAAGGCAAUGUUACCUCUUCCCGGUGCUGUGUUUGUAACUUUUUUUCCUGUUGAGACGGCAUGCCUGGUUUUAAAAAUCUGUUUUUAAUCAAACAUUUCUUAACUGUGUAGAAAAAGCGUGGGAACCUGUUGUCCAUCAGCGGUCGGGUGAAUCUGGUAGGAGGGAUGCUGCAUUGUCCUGUAAUAAUGGAUGAUUUAUCAUUAAAGGAUCCACAUUUA